AUGGACUGCUCAAAUCUAACGAACCUACGCACAGAGUCCAACGAUUACCAGGUAACAAUAAUGCAAACCUGUCGAAAAUGCUUUGUUUCAUUAUGUGUAGUUGUAUUGGUAUUACUUGAUGCCGCUUUAAAUUGCCUAGUGUGUGAGCUUGUGUAACCUAAAAACAAAGACGGCUACUACUGCGACCAAGUAUGAACAGCUGAGGUAUAUGUAGUGGAGUUCAGUCCCCUAAACCGAAUGGAACAACCGAAACCUUCAGCGGCAUUCAGGGUCGGCACCUUUGGGAACGUUGUUGCAAUAUUGCGGCAUUGAUUGUUGAUCUAAAUUUAAAGGUCGAUAAAGACUGCGAUCACAAGAACUAGGCCUAUAAUUGCGACAAAGAGCAUGUUACCAAGCUGCAAUUUAUAAUAGCAGACAACUUAUUUAUUGAUCAGGUAGUUACGUGUACUCAAAUAUAAUGUUGCUGCUAUUUUAUCUAAGAACUGUAAUGUCGUCCGUGUGUACAGGGGUGUUGUGCUGCCGGAGCACGGAGGAGCUGCGCUCCUAAACCUUUUUCAAUUUGACUCGAGAAUACAUGGAGCUGGUCAAACAAUUUCUGGAACAAUUAUUCCGAUACAUUCUAAAUAAAUGAUAUUUAAUUACCACUCAAAUUCAAUGAAACUAUAGAAUGACAAACCAAAUACAUAUGUAUAGCAGCCUAGAGGUAGGUGGAUCUCUCUGGUAGUGGCAGGAAUGAUGAAUGGCAGUUAGGCUGGCUGUGUGCACUGCAGAGACCCUUCAGAGGCCUGACCACUGUGGCCAAUCACAACGCUAGAGAAACAAACCGUGUCUGCCUUGAGGAUGUUCAUAAAACUCCACAGACCCCUUCUUGAGCAGUGGAACCCAGAUGUAUAUGUCACCACUUGGUUAAGGUGACACCGUUUUGCCCAGGACACCCAAAAACAAAGCCCAAGGAUCCUGACCCCCUCUGGAAGUUGCUGUAGCCCUGCUUGGGAUAUUUAGCCAACAUUUGGCUGUUGGUUGAGACACAGGGCCCGUUCUAGCUGGGUAUGUCAGGGUGGGCAAUUGGAAAUGUGAAUUGGGCCAAGAUGGAGGUAAUGCAUUUAGGUUAUAGUUUAUUGAGAUGAAUGAAUACACCACACCAAAAACGUGAUUUUUAUGGCUGUUUUAAAACGAAUUUCCUGCAAUUCUUCAUAGUAAUGAUUUAUGUUCACUACUUGCUCAGUUGAUUUAAUAGCCUUUUUUAUCUAUGCAAAUAAAUUCUAUGAAUUGAUAGUUAACUUCUGUUAUUUAAUUCUCUAGUAGGAUAUAUUGUAACCAUGUGUUCAAGCUAAUCAAAUCAAAGCUUAUUUAUGAUACAGCAUGUAAGCUAUAGAAUGAAAUGCCUGCUCGCAAUAAAGCUCUCCUCUCAGACAGUGGCAUGAUAUUAAGCUAUGUGUAUUUACAUUAGUCUAUAGCCUACAAACAGCUACAGUGCCUUCGGAAAGUAUUCAGACCCCUUGACUUUUUCCACAUUUUGUUACGUUACAGCUUUAUUCUAAAAUUGAUGAAAUUGUUUUUUUCCCUCAUCAAUCUACACACAAUACCCCAUAACAGAGCAAAAAUAGGUUUUUAGACAUUUUUGCAAAUGUAUUACAAAUGAAAAAUUGAUAUCACAUUUACAUAAGUAUUCAGACCCUUUACUCAGUACUUUGUUGAAGCACCUUUGGCAGCGAUUACAGCCUCAAGUCUUCUUGGGUAUGACGCUACAAGCUUGGCACACCUGUAUUUGGGGAGUUUCUCCCAUUCUUCUCUGCAGAUCCUCUCAAGCUCUGUCAGGUUGGAUGGGGAGCGUUGCUGCACAGCUAUUUUCAGGUCUCUCCAGAGAUGCUUGAUCGGGUUAAAGUCCCGGCUCUGGCUGGGCCACUCAAGGACAUUUAGAGACUUGUCCCGAAGCCACUCCUGCGUUGUCUUGGCUGUGUGCUUAGGGUCGUUGUCCUGUUGGAAGGUGAACCUUCGCCCCAGUCUGAGGUCCUGAGCACUCUGGAGUAGGUUUUCAUCAAGGAUUUCUCUGUACUUUGCUCCGUUAAACUUUGCCUCGAUCCUGACCAGUCUCCCAGUCCCUGCCACUGAAAAACAUCCCCACAGCAUGAUGCUGCCACCACCAUGCUUCACCGUAGGGAUGAUGCCAGGUUUCCUCCAGACGUGACACUUGGCAUUCAGGCCAAAGAGUUCAAUCUUGGUUUCAUCAGACCAGAUAAUCUUAUUUCUUCUGGUCUGAGAGUCCUUUAGGUGCCUUUUGGCAAACUCCAAGAGGGCUGUCAUGUGCCUUUUACUGAGGAGUGGCUUCCAUCUGGCCACUCUACCAUAAAGGCCUGAUUGGUGGAGUGCUGCAGAGAUGGUUGUCCUUCUGGAAGAUUCUCCCAUCUCCACAGAGGAGCUCUGUCAGAGUGACCAUUGGGUGCUUGGUCACCUCCCUGACCAAGACCUUCUCCCCAAUUGUUCAGUUUGGCCGGGCAGCCAGCUCUAGGAAGAGUCUUGGUGGUUCCACACUUCUUCCAUUUAAGAAUGAUGGAGGCCACUGUGUUGUUGGGGACCUUCAAUGCUGCAGAAUAUUUUUGAUACCCUUCCCCAGAUCUGUGCCUCGACACAAUCCUGUCUCGGAGCUCUACGGACAAUUCCUUUGACCUCAUGGCUUGGUUUUUGCUCUGACAUGCACUGUCAACUGUGGGACCUUAUAUAGACAGGUCUGUGCCUUUCCAAAUCAUGUCCAAUCAAUUGCAUUUACCACAGGUGGACUCCAAUCAAGUUGUAGAAACAUCUCAAGGAUGAUCAAUGGAAACAGGAUUCACCUGAGCUCAAUUUCGAGUCUCAUAGCAAAGGGUCUGAAUAUUUCUGUUGAUUAUUUUGAAUACAUUUGCAAACAUUUCUAAAAAACGGUUUUUGCUUUGUCAUUAUGGGGUAUUGUGUGUAGAUUGAUGAGGAUAAAAAAAUAAUCAAUUUUAGAAUAAGGCUGUAACGUAACAAAGUGGAAAAAGUCAAGGGGUCUGAACACUUUCUGAAUGCACUGAUCACUACGUAGUCACAGGCCUAUUAGACUAUAGCCUACUGCAAACUAUUGUUGUUUGUUCCUGAACAGGCCAAAUGGCAGAGCUAUCCUUCAGCUAUCCUUCAGCUAUCCUUCAGCACCACAAGUUGGUUGAACUUCUUUCAUUAACAUCAUUGUGUGAUUCUGUCCUUCCUCUUAAAGUCCUUAAGUCCUUUCGCUUAAAAUAACCCUUGUCAAGUUCUGUCUAAUAGUCCCCCUCGUCAAGUUCUGUCUAUUAGUCCCCCUCGUCAAGUUCUGUCUAAUAGUCCCCCUCGUCAAGUUCUGUCUAAUAGUCCCCCUCGUCAAGUUCUGUCUAAUAGUCCCCCCUCAUCAAGUUCUGUCUAAUAGUCCCCCUCGUCAAGUUCUGUCUAAUAGUCCCCCUCAUCAAGUUCUGUCUAAUAGUCCCCCUCAUCAAGUUCUGUCUAAUAGUCCCCCUCGUCAAGUUCUGUCUAAUAGUCCCCCUCAUCAAGUUCUGUCUAAUAGUCCCCCUCGUCAAGUUCUGUCUAAUAGUCCCCCUCGUCAAGUUCUGUCUAAUAGUCCCCCUCGUCAAGUUCUGUCUAAUAGUCCCCCUCAUCAAGUUCUGUCUAAUAGUCCCCCUCAUCAAGUUCUGUCUAAUAGUCCCCCUCGUCAAGUUCUGUCUAAUAGUCCCCCUCGUCAAGUUCUGUCUAAUAGUCCCCCUCAUCAAGUUCUGUCUAAUAGUCCCCCUCAUCAAGUUCUGUCUAAUAGUCCCCCUCAUCAAGUUCUGUCUAAUAGUCCCCCUCAUCAAGUUCUGUCUAAUAGUCCCCCUCGUCAAGUUCUGUCUAAUAGUCCCCCUCAUCAAGUUCUGUCUAAUAGUCCCCCUCAUCAAGUUCUGUCUAAUAGUCCCCCUCAUCAAGUUCUGUCUAAUAGUCCCCCUCGUCAAGUUCUGUCUAAUAGUCCCCCUCGUCAAGUUCUGUCUAAUAGUCCCCCUCAUCAAGUUCUGUCUAAUAGUCCCCCUCAUCAAGUUCUGUCUAAUAGUCCCCCUCAUCAAGUUCUGUCUAAUAGUCCCCCUCAUCAAGUUCUGUCUAAUAGUCCCCCUCGUCAAGUUCUGUCUAAUAGUCCCCCUCGUCAAGUUCUGUCUAAUAGUCCCCCUCAUCAAGUUCUGUCUAAUAGUCCCCCUCGUCAAGUUCUGUCUAAUAGUCCCCCUCAUCAAGUUCUGUCUAAUAGUCCCCCCCCUCAUCAAGUUCUGUCUAAUAGUCCCACUUAUCACUUAGUAGUACUAAUAGAAGAUGAUCACUUCUCACAAUGGUGCUGGUUUAGUAAAGUUAGAUCAAAGCUGAAUCAAUGUCUUGCAAGAUCACAAUAAUUAAUUUGCUUUUUACAUAACAGAACUGAAUAUAAUAUAAUGGCAUAGCAUAGUUAGCAUAUAACGUUCCUGUUACACCAAAAACACCGAACUUCUAAUGACAUUUUAGGGUGGUUAGCUGAAGCUGAAUAGUCAGAUAAAAUAAGUAUCAUGAAACGCCAAAACCCAACAGCAAAAUACAAGAAAGGCUAAUAGUUUACAAUGGAGUCAUUUAGCAGACGCUCUUAUCCAGAGCGUCUGCUCUCAUCCAUUUUAUUUUAAUUUUUUAUUUUCAUACUGAUCCCCCGUGGGAAACGAACCCACAACCCUGGCGUUGCGAAAGCCACGCUCUACCAACUGGGCUACAGGGGACUAGCUGCUCUGAUUCACCAAACAGUAAUUCAAGAAGAUCUAAAUGCAUAUUCCCAUGAAACUGAUUGAGAUCACGUGAUUGGCCUAGAGCAACACAAGGAGAUGCAGUAUGGACAGUAAAACAUGACAGAUUAUCAUUCACCACUGAAAGUGACGAUGGCCCAUUUUAAAUGAGGUGUGCCUAACUUGGUGUUUGAGGGUAAAAAUAUACAUAGUUCUUUAGACUAUGGCCUAUGUGUGGGCAAAUAGGCAGAUGUUGCAAUUGGAGGAUGCAUUUUUCAAUGCAUAUUUCAUAAUGGUAAUAGGUUAUUAAAUUGGCUACGUCUGUCGGUCCAAACUUUGAGGAAAUUAUGUCAUUUACUUUUUGUUGUUGUUGCACUCCCUCACCUAAAAACAUGGCGCUACACCGCUGGCUAGAUCAGAUGAAACAUGGGCUAGAUCAGAUGAAACAUGGCGCUACACCGCUGGCUAGAUCAGAUGAAACAUGGCGCUCCACCGCUGGCUAGAUCAGAUGAAACAUGGCGCUCCACCGCUGGCUAGAUCAGAUGAAACAUGGCGCUCCACCGCUGGCUAGAUCAGAUGAAACAUGGCGCUCCACCGCUGGCUAGAUCAGAUGAAACAUGGCGCUCCACCGCUGGCUAGAUCAGAUGAAACAUGGCGCUCCACCGCUGGCUAGAUCAGAUGAAACAUGGCGCUCCACCGCUGGCUAGAUCAGAUGAAACAUGGCGCUCCACCGCUGGCUAGAUCAGAUGAAACAUGGCGCUCCACCGCUGGCUAGAUCAGAUGAAACAUGGCGCUCCACCGCUGGCUAGAUCAGAUGAAACAUGGCGCUCCACCGCUGGCUAGAUCAGAUGAAAACAUGGCGCUCCACCGCUGGCUAGAUCAGAUGAAACAUGGCGCUCCACCGCUGGCUAGAUCAGAUGAAACAUGGCGCUCCACCGCUGGCUAGAUCAGAUGAAACAUGGCGCUCCACCGCUGGCUAGAUCAGAUGAAACAUGGCGCUCCACCGCUGGCUAGAUCAGAUGAAACAUGGCGCUCCACCGCUGGCUAGAUCAGAUGAAACAUGGCGCUCCACCGCUGGCUAGAUCAGAUGAAACAUGGCGCUCCACCGCUGGCUAGAUCAGAUGUCUCAAAUACUACGUACUGAUGUACAACUAAUGGAAUAUUCUCAACCUCAAACCCGUGGUAACACAAUUUGAAGGUGCAUUUGUUUGCUAUCUGUAUGUCAGAUAGGCCUAACAUUCUGAAACGUUAUCAAAUAUAUUUAAAUUGAUGUUUUGGUGACUGUAUGCUUCAAGAUGGGGCGGCAGGUAGCUUAGUGGUUAAGAGCGUUGUGCCAGUAACCGAAAGGUUGCUGGUUCUAAUCCCCAAGCCGACUAGGUGAAAAAUCUGUCGAUGUGCCCUUGAGCAAGGCACUUAACCCUAAUUGCUUCUGUAAGUCGCUCUGGAUAAGAGCGUCUGCUAAAUGACUAAAAUGUAAAAUGUAAGAUGAAUAAGCUGUGUUCUUCAAUUGUUUUCAUACAGAACAGCCAUAAAGACCCAGACCAGCACCACAGCACAGAGGAGACAGAGGAUGAGCCCUUGCUUCGAAACAAUCCCAGGCGUUUUGUCAUCUUCCCAAUCCAGUACCCUGACAUCUGGAGGAUGUACAAACAGGCCCAGGCCUCCUUCUGGACCGUGGAAGAGGUGGGGGCUUAUUAACUUGAAUUCCAAAUGCCUCCUAUGCCCUGGAAAGACUCAGGCAAUCCCCAGAUUACAUGAAAUAAUACUCCCUCAUUUUGAAGGGGAAAAAACUGAAUGAUGGUGGUUGCUUCCUAGAUGUAUUUGUGGUUUGUAACAGCCUACUGUCAGGAAAUAGGCUACAUGCAACACAGUCUCACUCACUUAAAAAAAACAAAGCACCGUUUAAUGGAGGUGGUUGAUGUGUGGUUUAACUGUUUAUAACUGUCUGAGCUGCAGGUGGAUCUAUCUAAGGAUCUGGCACACUGGGACAACCUGAAGCCUGAUGAGAAACACUUCAUCUCUCACAUCUUAGCAUUCUUCGCUGCCAGCGACGGCAUCGUCAGCGAGAGAAACUGGUGAGUCCCUCUGUGGUCCAGAGAAGGAAAGCAGAAGAGAGCCUCGAGCGAGAAGAAAGACCUCUCGCUCCUCUUCCUCCUCUUCUCUCUCUCCCGCCUCUUCAGCUUCCAGGUAAACGGCUCUCUCCUCUUCUCCGCUCGUCACAUCUCCUCAUCUCCUACCUCUCUUCCUCUUCCUCACUCUUUCUCCUCUUCCUCCUCUUUCUCCUCUCCUCUUCAUCCUCUUCAUCAUCUUCCUCCUUUUCUCUCCUCUCCUCUGAAGCCAAAUCAAAAGGGUCUAUAGGGUGUUGGAAAGGUGUUGGACACCCUGGUCUAUAGGGUGUUGGAAAGGUGUUGGACACCCUGGUCUAUAGGGUGUUGGAAAGGUGUUGGACACCCUGGUCUAUAGGGUGUUGGAAAGGUGUUGGACACCCUGGUCUAUAGGGUGUUGGAAAGGUGUUGGAAACCCUGGUCUAUAGGGUGUUGGAAAGGUGUUGGACACCCUGGUCUAUAGUAAUUGUAGUAUUGUAUUACACUGUAUUUUCACACCAGCCUAUUCAUCCCUAAUAUAACCAUGUAUAUGUUCUCCAUCCCUCAGGUCCAGAGGUUUAGUCAGGAGGUGCAGCUUCCAGAGGCCCGCUCCUUCUAUGGCUUCCAGAUCCUCAUAGAGAACGUCCACUCUGAGAUGUAUGGCAUGCUUAUCAAUACUUACAUCAGGGACUCCAAGGAGAGGUACGUGACGUGUGGAAUGCAUCAUGAAGCAUCUCAGAGUAGGAGUAGUGAUCUAGGAUCAGGUCCAUAUAACCGUAUUCAUCAGGGACUCCAAGGAGAGGUACGGGACGUGUGGAAUGAAGCAUCUCAGAGUAGGAGUGGUGAUCUAGGAUCAGGUCCAUAUAACCGUAUUCAUUAUGAUCCAAAAGGGCAGAACUGAUCCUAGAUCAGAACACCUACUCUAAGAUGCUUUAUGAACACAGGCCCUGAUCUCCUCACCAGGUGGGAUAUGAAGCUCAUUUUGUCAGUUGAGAUCAUUGUGGUGAAAAGGACUUUGAUGAGGGUUUGGUUGGUGCAGGUUUUGAUCAGUAAUUAAACCCAGUUCUGCCUGUGUCUUGUUCUGUACAGGGAACAUUUGUUCAAUGCCAUUCAGACUAUGCCGUGUGUGAGAAGGAAAGCAGACUGGGCAAUCCAGUGGAUCACUGACACCAAAUCCACUUUUGGUGAGUUGAUUUAAAAAAAAGAAGAAUAUCACAGCGGUAACGUCAACAUUACUGUAGUGGUAGUGUUGACCCUGUGUAAUGCAUGGCCAGGAAAUAGAUCCUCAGGCGGAAAUGGAAAAUGUUUGAUAUGUGUUGUUGGAUUAUUAUUGUGUGUGUUUAUGAAAUUGUAAAUAAUUCAGCCUUCGCUGCUAUUGAUACCAAAUGUUGCCUUUUUUUUUUUUUAAAUAAACCGUUCUGUUCAUGUUUGUAUUCAUCCACAGGGGAACGGAUCGUAGCAUUCGCUGCAGUGGAGGGCAUCUUCUUCUCAGGGUCGUUUGCUGCUAUUUACUGGUUGAAGAAGAGAGGCCUGAUGCCGGGGCUCACCUACUCCAAUGAGCUCAUCAGCAGAGACGAGGUUAGAUGUUCUAUAUCCCUCAAACUCAACUCUGGACCCCGGGGAGUGUCAUGAAUUAACUAGCAGGUAGAAACAUCAACCAGAAGUGUUGGGGCCCUCCAGGACCGGGAUUGAACAAUCCUUUUAUUAAGUCUCUUUUCAAAGGACAAUAUACUUGUUUACACGUCUGAGCUACAUCUUGAUGCAUCAUGAAAUUUUCUAGUGAAGUCUCUUCAACGUUUUGGUGUUAUUUGAUUAGAAAUGUAGCAACCGCUAAAACGUAUUGACCUCUCUGCCAAUGCAACUGUCACCGUAGUGUUGAUCUUUAACUUCUGUUUGUAUCUUCAGGGCCUGCACUGUAACUUGGCCUGUCUGUCUGUAUCUUCAGGGCCUGCACUGUAACUUGGCCUGUCUGUUUGUAUCUUCAGGGCCUGCACUGUAACUUGGCCUGUCUGUUUGUAUCUUCAGGGCCUGCACUGUAACUUGGCCUGUCUGUUUGUAUCUUCAGGGCCUGCACUGUAACUUGGCCUGUCUGUCUGUAUCUUCAGGGCCUGCACUGUAACUUGGCCUGUCUGUCUGUAUCUUCAGGGCCUGCACUGUAACUUGGCCUGUCUGUUUGUAUCUUCAGGGCCUGCACUGUAACUUGGCCUGUCUGUCUGUAUCUUCAGGGCCUGCACUGUAACUUGGCCUGUCUGUCUGUAUCUUCAGGGCCUGCACUGUAACUUGGCCUGUCUGUUUGUAUCUUCAGGGCCUGCACUGUAACUUCGCCUGUCUGUUGUAUCUUCAGGGCCUGCACUGUAACUUGGCCUGUCUGUCUGUAUCUUCAGGGCCUGCACUGUAACUUGGCCUGUCUGUUUGUAUCUUCAGGGCCUGCACUGUAACUUCGCCUGUCUGUUGUACAGCUACAUAGUGAAGAGACCGUCAGAGGACAGGGUGAAGGACAUUAUCACCAAAGCUGUCAGCAUUGAGCAGGUGAGUCAGUCAAAUUAAUACUGUCUAACAUCCGAGGUAGAUGCAUGACUCUCGCCCAGGGCUGUUGCGGUGACCGUAUUACUGUCGCACCGGCGGUCACAAGUCAUAAAGGCAGCUAAAUUCCACGUGAACAUUUAGUCACGGUAAUUAGGCUUCUCCAAGCUCUGAUGCUGCUGAUGGUCAUUAGUAGCCUACCAAACUUGCUACCUGCCUGGUACUCAGCACUCUAUUGUCCCUCUAAUCACUCUGACAUCAAUGCAAAUGUCAUCAAAAAUCUAAUCAAACACUUCAUGAGAGCCCAUGAGCUCAUGUUGAGCAACAUUUCUACAGGCUAUGGAGUAGCGGGAGAAAACAGAGUGAUGGCCUCUACUAAAAAGAGGAGGAUCCCAUCAGCUUUCUAUAGGCUAGGCCUACUAUAUUUAUUUCUCUACUUUCCUAAUAUUAAGCACAUGGCUUCUCUUUACAACAAGAGUUCAGCCCACCUGGCUGGCAUGAAAAUGAACCACGGGAAAGCGUCCUCCAUUCGCUAUUUACAAGCAUUUCACUACACCCACAAUAACAUCUGCUAAAUAUGGGGAUGUGACCAAUACAAUUGAUUUGAAGAGCAUAGAUGACAUGUCUUUUCCCCCGCUGCCCCUGUUUAGAGACAGGUGCCUGAUAAUGGUCCAUUCUAAAUCAAAACUAAUUUCACAUAUAUAUUAUUUAGUGAAUGUAAAGACAAGAUUAAAUCAAGAAUAGUCUGAUGGGUAACAAUAUUAGCCUAAAUGAAUGAAUGAUGUAUUAUCACUUGUGAAUGAUUUAUCACUUGUGAAUUAUAUAUUAUCACUUGUGAAUGAUGUAUUAUCACUUGUGAAUUAUAUAUUAUCACUUGUGAAUUAUAUAUUAUCACUUGUGAAUGAUGUAUUAUCACUUGUGAAUGAUGUAUUAUCACUUGUGAAUGAUGUAUUGUCACUUGGGAAUGACGUAUUGUCACUUGGGAAUGACGUAUUGUCACUUGGGAAUGACGUAUUGUCACUUGGGAAUGACGCCCAGCAUAAGAAACAGCCUUUCUUUCUCUACUUUUUCUAAUCAUAGUCCACACCCCAUGUAGCCCAUAGCCCUAUACGUUUUAAUAAGGUUUGUAUCACAACUAGUGGCCAAAUAACUUCUUAAAAAGAAGCACAUUAAUCUGCUUUACAAGGGGUGUAGAGACUAACUGGCAUACAUAGACAGCGAGUGAGUUUCAUGUUUGGGGAAGAUCAUUUUCAGGAUAAAAUUGCACCUUUAUAAUAAAAAGCAUUACAUGCAUAAUUGCAUUUGCGGUCACUUUUUGAUUGCUGCGCUUAUAAUGUGAAGAAAUAGAAGAAUAGUUUAUCAACAUUUUAAGAUAAACGUUCUCAUCUGUUGCAUCAGCCUCAUUGCUUUUAGAAGGUCUUUUGAUGCUAGUGGUUGUAUUAAUUUGGGAUCUAUCACAUCCCACAACUGUCCCAGACUAUGUUUGGAAUAUUUAUCUCCCACAGAAUAGAACAGGUCAACUUCUGUACUAUGGGGGAUAGUAGAUUGACAUGGGCUAGUCCUUUUGCUGUUCGUUAGGCCGACUCAUCUUGUUGGCUGGCGAAAAGUACAUGUGGACAGUUCUUCCAACGUCUUCAAUAUGCACCUUGGAAUUGGAUAAGGACGCGCGCAGUUGCGUCCCCGAUGUGUCGGUCUUAACUUGUAGCCUGUGAGAAAGACCCGAUCACGUGACGGAGAGCCCUGUGAGUGGGAGGUGAUUCAGCGCAACGCACCACUCAGGGAGAAGGACACAACGCACCACUCAGGGAGAAGGACACAACGCACCACUCAGGGAGAAGGACACAACGCAGCACUCAGGGAGAAGGACACAACGCACCACUCAGGGAGAAGGACACAACGCAGCACUCAGGGAGAAGGACACAACGCACCACUCAGGGAGAAGGGCACAACGCACCACUCAGGGAGAAGGACACAACGCACCACUCAGGGAGAAGGACACAACGCACCACUCAGGGAGAAGGACACAACGCACCACUCAGGGAGAAGGACACAACGCACCACUCAGGGAGAAGGACACAACGCACCACUCAGGGAGAAGGACACAACGCACCACUCAGGGAGAAGGACACAACGCACCACUCAGGGAGAAGGACACAACGCACCACUCAGGGAGAAGGACACAACGCACCACUCAGGGAGAAGGACACAACGCACCACUCAGGGAGAAGGACACAACGCACCACUCAGGGAGAAGGACACAAUGCACCACUCAGGGAGAAGGGCACAAUGCACCACUCAGGGAGAAGGACACAACGCACCACUCAGGGAGAAGGACACAACGCAGCACUCAGGGAGAAGGACACAACGCACCACUCAGGGAGAAGGGCACAAUGGCCACUGGCCGCAAAAGGCAUGGAUUUUUUUUAGGGUGCAUUAGGGCCACACAAAGGGGAUGCAGCGGUGAAAUCCAAGGCAUUACCAAGUGCUUGUCAAAUUGUGAAUGAGUGGCUGAUGAAGUGUGUACAGCCUCCGCAACAAACAAAGCAGAGCUCCUGCCUUUCAAGAUACUUUUUUCAAAUCAUCAUUAGAGUUUCAUCAUGCAGCCUUAGAAUGUAUUAAAAAUCAAAACGUAGAGCCCAACGUUUGUAGAACAACUAAAGUUACAUUAAUAACUAAACUAAGCAUAAUAGGAGGACCUGUUUCUUUGUUAACUGCUCAACACAGAAUAGCCGCAUGUGCACCCUCCCUCAAAUAGUUUGGAGAAAAUAUCCUUUCUAUUUUAUUCAGCUUUGUUCAAAUGUAUCAUACAUACUAUAAAAUAAUGGCAUGGAAUUCUAAGCUAAUCUUGUCUGCUAAAUGAACUAGUGUAGCCCACAGCCAUAUGGCAUAGCCACAUCAGGACCUAACAUAAGGACAACUCAGAGGAUGCUAUUCUGUUCUUCUGAAAUAGACUACAUUUUCUUCAUAUCAUGUUUCUUUAGACCUGUCUAAAAUAAAUAAUGGAUGUAUUGUGAAGGUGUAGGCUAUAUUACAUGGAUUUAUUAGACUUUUUAAAUGUAGAUGUUCCAAAGGUCUGCAUCAGUGGCUUGUAGGCUGUGUGUGGAAGACAGGAGAUGCUAAAUGGGUUUAUGUUAAUUAACGGUCAAUUACUGCUAGACCGACAGUUAUUUGCUUGACAAUCACCGGUUGAUGAAAUUGACCACCACAGCCCUACUCUCGCCAUUAUAAAAAUAGACUUUAUUGUAAAUCCUUUAACAACAGUGUGAGGUUUGGUUCAUAGACCUUUAUCACACAGAUACUAUUACUAUCUAACAUGAAUCUAGAACAUGUCCAUAACUACACAUGUUAACAUGAAUCUAGAACAUGACCAUAACUACACAUGUUAACAUGAAUCUAGAACAUGUCCAUAACCACACAUGUUAACAUGAAUCUAGAACAUGACCAUAACUACACACGUUAACAUGAAUCUAGAACAUGUCCAUAACUACACAUGUUAACAUGAAUCUAGAACAUGUCCAUAACCACACAUGUUAACAUGAAUCUAGAACAUGUCCAUAACCACACAUGUUAACAUGAAUCUAGAACAUGACCAUAACUACACAUGUUAACAUGAAUCUAGAACAUGUCCAUAACUACACAUGUUAACAUGAAUCUAGAACAUGACCAUAACUACACAUGUUAACAUGAAUCUAGAACAUGUCCAUAACUACACAUGUUAACAUGAAUCUAGAACAUGUCCAUAACCACACACGUUGACGUUUCAGGAGUUUCUGACGGAGGCCUUACCUGUGGAUCUCAUUGGGAUGAACGGUGUGCUGAUGAAGCGGUACAUUGAGUUUGUGGCAGAUCGUUUGCUCCUAGACCUGGGAUUGGCCAAGGUGAAGCUUUCAUUAUUUAGUUGAUUGUACAACCUAGUAUGUUGUGUUGUUUUACCUGUGUAGGUAGCGUAUGCAGCCUGAGUGCCAGACGGUUUGUCCUGUCAAUCCAACCCCCUGUCACACAUUGGCAAGACAAACAUUUUCAAUGACAAAAUGGAGUUGGCAAGAGCAAAACAGAUGCUUUGUAUUCCAGGUUUAUCUGGCAGAAAACCCCUUCGACUUCAUGGAGUCCAUCUCACUGGAAGGGAAAACCAACUUCUUUGAGAAGCGUGUGGCUGAGUACCAGAGGUCUGGAGUGAUGUCGAACACCUUGGACCGUGACUUCACCCUGGAUGCAGACUUCUAGUUGGAACACACAGAAGAAAAGGAGGAGGUACUCCACAACAACAACAGAUGCUAUUGGAGGGAAUCCGGAUUGAAAAGCCAAAGGAAAAAUUAUAUAACCACAUAGGUGCUGAGUAGCAUAAAGAAAUACAAGUCCAGGUACUUGUGUGGGUCUGAAAGUUAAAAAGCCCAAACAUGGUCACAUUAUUAUACUAUUGAGCUGUAUAUUUCAUUUAUAUUUGUUGUAUUUUAUCUUGAUAAAACAAGGACCUCACACUGACAAUGGCAGUAAUACCAGUGACCGCAAUGCAAAGAUUUUAAUAAGGAAUAAUUUAUAAAUACCUUUUGUUUGUUUUUAAUAAAAUUAAUACUGCUCAUAGUC